AUACCCCCUCCUCCAGACUCUCCCCCAUCUUUAUAUUCCCCCUUCUAUCUCACUACCUCUUUCAUAACCUCUAAAGUAAGUGUCAGGGAAAGAUGGAGCGAUCUCUGCUUGUGUCUCUUCUGUGUGUGUGGGCCCUCAGCAGCCUGGCUGCAGCAUCAGUGGAUGUAACAGAACAGUGUCCAGAGAGAAUACUGGGUAAUGAGAGAAGGCAAACAUGCCCAAAAAAGUGUCAGCAAGAUAAAGACUGUGGCAACAAACGUCAGUGUCUCUGCGACGGGCAGUGUGGACUCAGCUGUGUGGCCCCAGGUCGUACGUGUCCGUGGCCUCUCCCACCUGCAAAAAAUUCGGAUGUAGUUCUCCUUUCCCCUUUGCCCUCUUUCUCCGCUCUGCUAGAGGUUCGUUGUAAGCCUGGGUACACCAUGCAUAACGGGCUGGACGCUACAAUACGCCGCUGCCAGGGUGACCGGCAGUGGAGUGGAGAUGAGCCUGUUUGUACAGCCUCCCCAGGUGGAGGUCUUACAGCAGAUCCGGUUCUGGUGCCUGAGGUGUCCUGUUCUUUGCCUGAAGAUGAUGAUCUGCUCUCUGUGCAGGGCAGUGCUGCUGUGGGAUUCACCAUCCAGUAUCAAUGUGCAUCUGGAUCUGUGCUGAUUGGAAAUAGUGAGAAUAUCUGUCACGAGAACCAGACAUGGCAAUACCCUCACCCCAUCUGUCGCCGUGUGGUUUGUCCUCCUCCUAAGGAGGUUGAUCGUGGACACCUGGUGGCUGUCCAGAGAAAUGAAUAUGAAGUUGGUGACACAAUUUAUUACCUUUGCAAGAAAACCUUCUUUUUGGAUGGACCAAAUCAAGUGACUUGUCUACCUAAUGGGACAUGGAGUGCAGAGCCUGCUUGCCGGGCCCGUUGUCCAGUCCCAGCUCAACGCAGCAGGGUGAUUGUGGGAGCACUAAAGCGCUGGCCAUAUGAUCUGACGGAUGGUGUGGUUGCCCAUGGAGAGAAUGUGACAUUUUUCUGUAAACAUACAGAAAAACAUUGCAGCUUCACUGCCACAGAGGUCUGCGUAGAUGGACAGCUCAAGGCACCUAGUUGCUACCUUGACCCUACCUGGCUGCAGUUCAAGCUCUUCCCUCAUCGACUGGUUUCUGAGAUUGAUGCAUGUGAUCCUGCUGACCUUCAGUAAACACAUCAAAUUAUGACAGCAUAUUUUAUAUGUUGGCACACACAGUUCUCUCCUCACUUUGGAGGAGAGAAACAAUUGUUUUAUUAAUGUGCCUCUAGAUUUUUAUUUUGGACCGGAUCUCCGGAUCUCAUAGUUAUGCCUCAUUUAACUCUUCUCUCUUCUAUUUUGUAUGUUGCAUUGACAAAGUUACCUUAAACUGAGUUUGUAUCAUAUCUGAUGUAUGCAGACACCCUCACUUGCUUGAGGUCGCGAUUGUCAUAAGCUGCUAUCUUUUGUUGUGUUUUGUGGCCAUACUAAGUGUAAAAGUGCUUUUUUAGUUAUAGCAUUUAUGUUUAUCUUGUUAUAAUAUUUAAUUUCUUUGUUAAAGGGAUAGUUCAUCCAAAAAUGAAAAUU